GGUCAUGAAUGACACAUCCCUGUUUAGAAGGUUAACGGCCGAAACUGUUUCAACUGUUGUGUGUUCUUUGUCUUCUGUGUUGUAGUUCUUCAAUUAAACGUCAUCCGAAUUAUACAUUGUCUGGAGUAAUGUCGAGCGAAUCUGUGAAAACGUUUGCAAGUUUAGAAACACCUGGUUAUGUUGGGUUUGCCAAUUUACCAAAUCAGGUACAUAGGAAAUCCGUCAAAAAAGGUUUUGAAUUCACACUAAUGGUUGUGGGAGAAUCAGGUUUAGGAAAAUCAACUCUUGUAAAUAGCCUUUUUUUAACCGAUCUUUAUCCAGACAGAAAAAUCCCCGAUGCUAUUGACAAGGGCACAAAGACUGUUGAAUUAGCCACAUCGACAGUGGAUAUAGAAGAAAGAGGAGUAAAACUUCGUCUGACUGUAGUCGACACCCCCGGGUUCGGCGAUGCAAUUAAUAAUAACAACAGCUUCAAAGCCAUAAUACAGUAUAUCGAUGAUCAGUUUGAACGGUUUUUGAGGGAUGAAAGCGGUCUUAACAGAAGGAACAUAUUAGACAACAGGGUCCAUUGCUGUUUCUAUUUCAUCUCGCCAUUCGGCCAUGGAAUGAAACCAUUGGAUAUUGAAUUUAUGAAGCAGUUACACAAUAAAGUAAAUAUAGUACCUGUGAUUGCUAAGGCUGAUGUCCUCACAAAAAAAGAAAUUUUGAGAUUAAAAAAGCGGAUUAUGGAGGAAAUAGAACAAAAUGAAAUUAAGAUUUACCCUUUGCCAGAUUGUGAUAGUGAUGAAGAUGAGGAUUAUAAAGAGCAUGUGAAGCAGUUAAAAGAAGCAGUUCCAUUUGCGGUGUGCGGUUCGAAUACUUUGCUCGAAGCACGCGGAAGAAAAGUUAGAGGGAGGCUUUACCCAUGGGGUGUUGUCGAAGUUGAAAAUCCGGAGCACUGUGAUUUUAUUAAACUUAGAACUAUGUUAAUAACUCAUAUGCAAGAUUUACAAGAAGUGACUCAGGAAGUGCAUUAUGAAAAUUAUAGAUCUGAAAGAUUGGCUAAAGGAGCUCCAGUUUCAAAGCGAACAACGUCACUUUCCGAGACGGAAAAAGUCCAAACUCAAAGUGAUAAAGACAGGAUUCUCCAGGAAAAGGAAGCAGAACUCAAACGAAUGCAAGAUAUGUUGGCUAAAAUGCAAGCACAAAUGCAACAACAGCCUCCUCAAUAAUAAUAAUUUUUUUAAUGAUUGGAUGUUCGUGAAAACUAAUAUUUCUUAUAAAAAACGAAAUCCACUUAUGUCUAUUCAUACAUUUUAGAAAAAAGGUUAGAAUAAUCGUUUUGUACUCAUUUAAUAAACAAUUUAUAGACCAAUUAUGCGCUUCUACUCUACUUUACAUUUACUUAGAGUGAGAUCUAUUUUCCUCAAAAUUAUCUUGUCUAAAUAUAACGAUUCUUUACUUUUUUUAAAAUUAUUUUCUAUAAAAAAAUAUAUAUGUAACAUAUUUA